GGCACACUCCAAUCUGAUAUCAAUUAAGCAGAUUAUUUUCAAUCAAAAGCGAAAAUGUCUGCGGCAAAUAGCGACGAUGAUUUCACAGAAGCUGAUUUAGGAAUGGGUGAUGGUUUGAAGCCCGGAACCCUAACAAUAGACCCAAUGGAUAGUGCAGAAUUCAAUACGUCACGAAAAAUAGAUCAACAUUCGGACAGACUAUCUUUCGGAUGUCAAAAUUGUGAAGAACAGGGAAGUGACUCGGAGGAGGAAUUCGUUUUAAUGCCUAUUAGUCAAGUGCAGCAGCUUAAAGCUCAGUAUUCGCAUUUAUUAAAUAAGUCCAAAAGGUGCAGUGAAACUAACAUAGUUCAUGAAACUGAUAACCUUAUAUAUGAUGGGAGGUAUUUUACUGAUAAAUGUGGUGUAAGAAUUCCAGAAUCAAUCAAAAACAUGGAAGGAUUUGGUAAAAGUGAUAAAUGUAAAAAGGAUGACCAGACUCCAACUUUUCCAGUGUAUGCAGAUGUGCCUUAUGGGACCUCAAUAAGACAACAAAAGGAGUUGUUCAAACAUAAUCUCGAAGAAAUACGCAAAAAAAAUAUGUUAGGUCCAUUAGAUGUAAAUAAGAAUAUGGCUCAAGAAGAUGAGGAAACUAAAGUCUCAACUUCAGAUGAAAUAGCCAUGAAACUUGCCUCUACACUUCAGGAGGUUGAAGAGCUACGUACAGAGUUAGAAACUUGUGAACAAAGACUUGAGUCCAAGUACAAAGCAAUAGAUAUUCUUCGCCAACAGGCAGAAGAAGCUCAAAGAAGAUUUAAAGUCCGUGAGGGCUCUACAAGAGAAGUUGCCAAGAAACUUGCCCAGGUGAAUAUAGCUGCUGGUGAUGGUUCUGGGGCUAGAGUUUCUUCCCUUGUCCCUGAAGAAUUUGACCUUGGAGAGAUGACCUCUACAAAACUUCUAAAAUAUCACCUUGGUGACAGAAAAGUAAAAGAUGAAAAACCAAGAAUGGUUUCUCAGGAAAAGUAUCAAAGGAUGUGUCAGGAGAACAGAGAACUGCAGGCUUCCCUGGAGGGACGAACAGAUGAGCUUCGGAGCUUGACGGCUAGUAAAAUGGCCCUGUCUCGAGAGAAUGAUGAACUUCUCGCUUUGUUGGAUGUACAGGAGAGGGCCCGUUAUGAGCAGACUCGCAGCCCUGGGGCUGCGGAGGAAAGCUAUGGACAUUUCUCAUCUAUGGAGCUGGCUGUGCUGGGCGCGUGCCGCUGUAGAAUAAGUACACCUGACCCCUGUGGGUGUGCUUUGGCUGCUGCCAACCUCAAGAAGGACAUUGUACACUUGAAAACAGAGCUGAGCCAGUACAAGGCAAGGCGUGAUGAAGCGUACCACACAGUGGAUGCAUAUAGGAAAGCGUUUGACGAGCAACUUCAGAAAAACAAGGCCCUCAACUGCCAGCUGGCUAAUCUCUCCCUUGGGCGAACUGCGGACGGGGGUCAUACUGGUAAAAAUAAGGCAAAACUUGCUCUAAGAUGGCUGAUUGGAUCACUUAAUGAUGAUGAAUUGUCCGAGGGUGAAAGCAGUGGCUGUAACAUGACAGAAUAUGAACUGAUAACUUACCUCACAGAAAUGCUGAAUGAGAAGAAUGAAGCUCUAGCUCACCAGAAGCUUGCAGCUCAGAUUCUUGGGGAUCGUGUCAAAACACUGGAAACUCAAUUCUUCAAGACAACAGACAAAAAAUGACAUAUUCCUAAAGAUCGAAAAGGAUCAGAUACUUCAGGACCAUGUUAAGACUUACAAGCAGAUCUUUCAUUUGAGAUAACUCUUUCAACACAGUCAUGUACAGGCAAGUUUCAUGAGGAUGGUGUCAAAACACUGGAAACUCAAUUCUUCAAGACAACAGACAAAAAUGACAUAUUCCUGAAGAUUGAAAAAGGAUCAGAUACUUCAGGACCAUUUAAAGACUUACAAGCAGAUCUUUCAUUUGAGAUAACUCUUUAAACACAGUCAUGUACAAGCAAGCUGAAAGUAAGCAAAUAAGCAACUUAUGCUUGUACAUUCUCAUUCAUCAGGCCUCAAUUUCUCAAAACAUCCUUAGCUUAACAGGCGCAAGAAGCUUAUUUCACUCCUGUAAUAAGGGACUUAAGCAAUUUGGAGAAAUUGGGCCCAGAGGUUUGAUAAGGAUAAAUCUGCUGUAUAGCAUCAUCACUUUUGUGUACAAGAAUGAUUCUUGUAUUGUUUGGGACUGUUGUAAUGGCUGGGGAAUGUCUCAAAACAUGAAAAUAUGCACCUUAGGGCAAAUUGUUCAACGAAAAUUAGAAAAGUCUCAGAACUGCUCCAAACACUUGAGGCAAUUGUAAAGAUUGAUGUAAUGAAAUAUUUACCUGCAAUACCCAAUUCUCAAGUUCCGAUUUGGGAACAGUAUACAAGUCUGAAUGAAUUUGAUGCCAACAGAAGAUUCCUGUUCCUGUUGAUUUUUGAUAACUUUAUCAAACACUUGGAACAAAUCGGAAGUAUGUGUGACGCAAAACACUAAAAAAGUGAAACUCUGAAAUAUGUGUUCUAGAAAUAUUAAAACUGAUAAUUUUGAAAUAUAUGUUACUAAUAAGAAUAAAACUGAAACUCUGAAAUAUAUGUGUGUUAGAGAAAAGAAUGAACUGAAAUACUGAAAAUGUGUGAGAAAAAAGGAACUGAAAUUCUGAAACGUGUGUGAGAAAAAUAAAAAUAAAACUCCUGAAAUAUGUGGGUGAGAAAAAUAGAACUGAAACUUUUGGAAGUGUAUGAGAAAAAUAGAACUGAAACUCCUGAAAUAUGUGUGUGAGAAAAAUUGAACUGAAACUCCUGAAAAAUAUGUGUGAGAAAAAAAGAACUGAAACUCUGGGAAGUGUGAGAAAAAUAGAACUGAAACUCCUGAAAUAUGUGUGUGAGAAAAAUAGAACUAAAACUCCUGAAAUAUGUGUGUGAGAAAAAUAGAAUGGAAACUCUGGGAAGUGUGUGAGAAAAAUAGAACUGAAACUCCUGAAAUAUGUGUGUGAGAAAAAUAGAACUGAAACUCCUGAAAUAUGUGUGUGAGAAAAAUAGAACUGAAACUCCUGAAACAUGUGUGUGAGAAAAUACUGCCUGCCAUCCAUCACACCGACUGAAGCUGUUGGUUUGACAAAAUGUCCCUUUUUAUCCCGUUGACAUCUUCAGAUAAAAUGCUGCUGACUGAGCAUAAUUCUUGAUUAUAUAUCUCAUUGUCAUAACCAUAAUCUUCAUAUAUGUAUUAUAUUAAUAUGAAUAAAAUAACUGACAUGUUA